AUGGGCCGGACACGAAAGCGGCUGCUGGACGCGAACGACGGCGCGCGUCCAUCCAAGCGCGCGCAUGACGCAGCCAGCGACGCGUCCGACGACGAGUGCAUUCCGCCGGCCGACGACAUCAACCAGUCGGACGACGAUGACGACGACGAGCUCUCGAGCGCUGAAGGAGCGUCCAUGCUCUUGGACGUCGACGCAACACAAUCGGACGUAGAGCAUGACGCGACGCAGCUCGAGGUCGACGACCCUGACGCCACCGUACUGGAGGUCGAGGAUCCCGAUGCCACCGUACUGGAGGUCGAGGAUCCUGAUGCCACCGUCCUCGAGGUCGAGGCCCAUCCUUCUGCAACGUUCGACCAUCUCGAGGCCGCGCUGCCGGUCGAUCUCAACGCGACGGAGGACGACUUUCUCUUGGACGACAACGUGCCGCCGCAAAAGGCGUUGGUCGACCGUCAAACCGACGUCGAGCGAGCUUGGGGCAUUGCCCGCUGCCUCGCGUCGCACGUGUCUGCGCCCGAGCUCCAUCACAUUCACUAUGGCGUGCCCCCGUCCGGCCCACCGACGCGCGCACCGCUUAAAGAGCAGGACGAGCUCGCUUCCACGUUCGUGUGGCCCGUGAACCCCAAGAAUGUGCUUUCGACCGAAUUCGAGCAAGACGCCAGUACGAUUCAACUGGAUUUGGACCUGGACAGCGACUCGGACACGGAGACGGCGGUUGAGCCGACACUGACGGCCUUGCCCGCGCUACCGCGGCCGCUCUGUGAGAUUGUGACCGACCGCUGCCGCCACCAUGGGCUCCAGCCGACGCCGACGACGACGUCGCAUCUCGGAUACCUAACGCGGCAGUCGAAUGUCUUCCUCGACAAGAUGCUCGAGUCGCUUCUGACCCGCAACGCGAUGGCACUCCAAGGCAACGAGCAGCAUUUCUCGUCGUCGUCUUGGACCAUGUACAAGGGCAUGCCGUGUGCCAACUGGCGCUUUGUGGCCGAGGGCCUCCUGCAAGCAACGGACGGUACCGGCCGCGCGCAUUCGGUGCUGCCUCGCCAGCUCACCGACGCAACAAAGAAGCGCAUCGAAGCGCGGAUCCGAGCGCUGUAUGACCAACCUUGGCAAACGCUCGGGCUGAACGCGCCCGUGUGGUCUGUCCAUGAGCCCUCGUCCGAGUGAGGUAUAUGGGACCAACAUAAUGGUUGAUUGAUGCAUCGGAUAUCG